AUGCCGCCGCUUCGGCCCCCGCCACCGCGGCUCCUGCUCAACAAUGUCUCCUACAUGCGGAACGCACAGACGGUGCUCCGUGACAUCAACCUCAGCGUCCACGACGGCACAACCCUUGUCCUUACCGGCGCCAACGGCUCCGGAAAGACCACCCUCCUCCGCAUGUUGGCGGGCUUCUCGCGCCCCUCGGCGGGGGAGAUCCUCUGGAACGGACACGACAUCACCUCCCCCGGCGUCUUCCAGCAGUACAAGCUGCAGCUCAACUGGAUGUCGCUCAAGGACGCCGUGAAAGAGAAGCUCACAGUGCUCGAGAAUGUCCAGUGGUUCGAGCUCCUCGAGGGGAAGGACGACAGCAGGUCGGGCCCGGCCAUCCAGCUCAUGGGGCUCGGCAGGCUCAUGAACGAGAAGGCCAGGAUGUUGUCCAUGGAGCAGAGGAAGCGGCUGCAGCUCGCCAGGCUGCUCGCCAUCGACCGACCCAUCUGGCUGCUGGACGAGCCCUCCGUCGCGCUGGACGCAGAGGGUACCAGGCUGCUUGAACACAUCAUCGCGGAGCACCGGGAGAAGGGUGGCAUCGUGUUCGUGGCCACGCAUCUGCCGAUUCAGAUUGAGGAUUCUAUGUCGCUUCGGCUUCCCCGGAGGAAGACGCUGGUUGAUCUUGUCCAUUGAUGGCUUGAUGCCAAUGUGACCAGGAAUUUAGCUGUAUAUCUUUCUAAUUCCGCCCCAGCUAUCUGUCUGAAUGCUGUCAGAGCAAUAAUUUUUUUUGCUGGUGCUGCAUUUGUCAUCCUUUUUUGACAGCAUGACAAUACAUUCUCUAUGUUGAUAAUAUGUGCAGUUGUUAUUUGUGAUCACUGUUUUGAUGCAUUGGCCCAUGUAUUUGGGAACAAUAGAAGGCAUUUGCCAUGUCUGAUAUAUGUACAGCUGUUCUUUGCGA